AGGAGAAGAGGAAGAGGAGGGAGAAGAAGAAGAGGCAACUGAGACCCCCAGCAAUCAAACAGACACACAGUCCAGCUUCACUACACAGUCUCCUCUGAGCGAGUGUCAGACUGCUGACAGAGAAAUCAGCUGCAGGGGCCUCGGCAUGACUCACCUGCCAAUCAUCCACAACCUGCAGGCCACAAACCUGGACAUGGCAGAGAACAACAUCAGAGCCAUCGCUCCACAAGCGUUCUCUGGUCUGCCGAACCUGGACACACUGGACCUGAGCAAGAACAAACUGGAUGACGAGUCGUUAGGCCAAAACCUCGUGUCUAACUUGACCUAUCUAAAGAGGCUGAACCUAGAUGGCAACCAGCUCACCAGGAUCCCAGCACUGCCUCCAUCUCUGGAGGAGCUCAAGAUGAACAACAACAAGCUCAGUACACUCACCCCUCACUGUCUUGAAGGUUUGAAGAACCUGUUGACCCUGGAGCUGGAGGAGAAUUCUCUGCAUGAGGCCAGUGUGUCACCACUCGCCUUCAGACCCCUAGAGAGACUUCUGUACCUCCAGUUGGACAACAACCGCUUCCGUUCCCUCCCUCUGGGCCUUCCUCCCUCUCUUCAGGAGCUGGAGAUGAAUAAGAAUCUGAUUGAAGAGGUGACACAUGAGGCACUGAGGGGCUGCAUCCAUCUGAGAGUGCUGGACCUGAGUCACAACCUGCUGCAUGAGCAAGGCAUCGACACCCGUGCCUGGACCCAUCUUAAAUCCCUAGAAGCCUUGGACCUGUCCUACAACCAGUUCACUUCCGUCCCAAUGGAGCUUCCUCGCCAUCUCCGUAAACUGACCCUCCAACACAACGACAUCAGUCACAUCCCCGCCUUCGUGUUCCGUCACCUGCGGCGCGGCCUACAGUCCCUCCGCCUAUCCCACAAUGCCUUGAGCAAUGAGAGUAUAGGACGAGCCUCUUUUGUUGGAACAUACCGCUCUCUGGGCGAACUCCUAUUGGACCACAAUCGUCUGGGGGACGUCCCUCGCUGCGUCCGACAGUUUAAGAACCUGCAGGUGCUGAGGCUGGAUAACAACCAGAUCAGGCUGGUGAAGCAGUGGGGAGUGUGCCACCCUCGUAAUCCUGGCUCCACCUUGGCUUCGGUCCACUUGGAAAAUAAUCUGCUGGAGGUCGAAAGGAUUCCCCCACAUGCCUUUUCCUGUCUCAGUGACGCUCAGGGACUGGUCCUCUAUCCACAGCAGGGGCACUCAUAAGACCAAUAGCCCCCUCAGUGGGACAGACAUACAUGGACAGAUACAUACACACAAUAUAGGCCUCACAGAAAAAUAGCAUUGUCUGGUAGUUUAGCUCAGUUAGUCAGUGCUAUCAUUUUAUAAUUUCCAAAUCCAUCCUUUUCUUUCGCAUCUUUUAUUUGAAUAGAAAACAACCCUAAUUUCAUUGUAAGUAUUGAUGGUAUAAUAACAUUUCCGUAUUAAAAUGUCUAAAAACAACUAGACCUAUGUAUUUUCUUGAGUUUUGUACUUACAUGGUCCCAAAGUUCCCAACAAUGUUCAAACCUAGAGGA